AUGCGGUCUAUACUCGCCUUCGCCACUACUCUCGCUCUCGCAUCAACCGCCUCGGCAACCUCAAUAAUUGCAAAAAGAACGGAGCUUGGGGAUGUCUACAAACCACUGGUCCAACAUGUCUCCGCCAGACAGGCUAUCAGUAUGUCUAUGAGCAGAAAGGGUAAGUGGCGGGUCUGCGGAUUCGAUACGGACGCUCACUUCCCAUUAGAGCCUUGUCCUGCGAAUGGGCCCAAGGGCCCGGCUGUUCUGGUCUUCUCAACAAAUGCAAUUGAUGCGGUAUGGAGGAUACUGGAUCGACCAGGCCAAUUUGAAAGGAUGAAUGAUCUCCUCAUUACUCGACCCCUUCUUACUCGACAAUCCCUCAAAACUUUCAUCGCAAUCCCAAUAUUUGUGGAAUUCUCUAAAUACAUGAGUGCUCCUCCCGAAGCUCAGUUCAAAAUUCUGGGGGACCUGCUCUCGAAAAGAGUUCAUCGUAGUGGACUCCUGUACUUACUGAAACCUUGGGGCACGUUGUGUCGGAGGAGAGUGCGUUUGAUUAUGAAUUCUUUUUCCCAAUUCAUGAAUUCGCGGUUGAAAGUUCUGAGUGGGUGUGUGCCGAGAUGGGUUCUCAACUUGUUUUUGACGGAAAUGUAUCCGGGUGUCGAUUGGUGUUUCUCGCAUCCAGCUGACUCGGAGUUUGGGAAGUUGGCUGGGUUCGUAGAUGAGCUCAUGAGCUGGUAUGGGUGCUGCUUGAGCCGCAGCCAUGUUGGCCGCGUUGUUGAGGUGAUCUUGAUUGGGAAUGGCUUUCCUAAUUCAAGUACGGUAAGAUAUGGGAGUGAGAUUAAGAAAUAUUACUUGAGAUCGGAUUCAUUCUUCUGUACUCCUCCGGCCGCACGCCGUACUAUAGGUGAAAGAGCAAGCGACGAGGAUCUCUCGAAGUAG